AUGGCGACUUCACCGCCAUACCAGAAUAUCCCACCAGUACCUCCAUACUACGAUCCCACAUCGAGUAUCCCUCCUCCUCCGCCUCCGAAACCAAACUCGAAUAAUGCAUCUCGUUCGGGAACUCCUUACAACCCUUCACAGUUCGCCCCGCCGAUAUCACCACAACAGCAAUUACAACAACAGCAACACCAACAACACCAGCAGCAGCAGAUAGGACAGGUACCUGUCGGUUUAUCUCAAAACACAGGUGCUCCGGCAGAGUUAUUCAUUCCCGCUGUUUUACAAGAUAAAUCUCGUGACGACCUCCUCCACAUCCUCCACUCCCAACACCUCCUCGACGCCCUCUACCUCGCCCACCACCCUUCCUCCCCUCAAAACCUAACCUCCCUAACCACAUCCCUAUCCUCCAACGCCGCCUACGCAAAACGUUUGCAAUCUCUAAACGCAGCAGUCGAUCACCAAAGAGCUACGACUUCCUCAUCAUUACUAAAAACAAGACAACUAGAACGUUCGUGGAGAGAAAAGGAAAAUGAAAUGGAUGUGGCUUUAAACCGAUUUUCGGCUAGAGCUUUACAUGCUAGGCUUGGUCAGGCGGUUGGAGAGGCCGAUGCGGUUAGUAGAGCUCUCGAGGAGAGUUUUUUGGAAGAUGAUGGACUUGGUGAUGCGGAUGGGGAGUAUAUUGGUGGUGCUGGGGGUAGUGGAGGUGGUGGAAGUGGAGUUAAGGCUAGUAAGGAUGUGGACAACUUUGUGAAGAGUUAUAGAGGUGUUAGAGCGUUAUAUCAUUUGAGGAAGGAGAGGAAGGAAAGGUGGGAUGAGAAUAGGGUCGGUGGAUGGAGGUGA